GUGAUGCUUCUGUCACCAAGCCAAAGCCUUUAGAUGGGCGACAGCAGAAAGAAGCAGCUUUAACCUUCACCCUAUCAGAAUGUCAGUCAACUUGGAAAUACAGAAGGUCCAGGAACUAUAACAAUAGUUUAAAGAGUUUUUAUUCUGUCUGGUAACGUUAGUGUUUUGCUGUGGCGAAGAUGGCGCAAGCACUGUCAGAAGAGGAGUUCCAUCGCAUGCAGGCUCAGCUCUUGGAGUUGAGAACACAGAAUUACCAACUGUCUGAUGAGCUGCGGAAAAACACAGCGGAGCUCAACAGUGUUCGUCAGAAGACCUCAAACCUGGAGAAGGACUAUGUCAAAGCGCAGAAGGCUUUGAACAAGAGUAAGAAAGCACAGGAGGUAGAUGCCUUAAUCAAUGAGAAUAAGAUGCUUCAGGGCAAGUUACACAGUCAAGAGGAUGAUUUCAGACUGCAGAACAGCACCCUCAUGCAAGAGCUGUCCAAGUUGUGUUCUCAGAUCGAGCAGUUGGAGUCAGAGAAUCAAGGACUGAGGGAUGGUAAAGGGCUGGAAAAACCCGCCUCCAGCCCUGCUUCUGCACCAGUGGAUGCUGAGCUCCUGCGUCUACAGGCUGAAAACUCUGCCCUGCAGAAGAAGUUAACAGCUCUCCAGGAAAUAGCAGAUGGUAAUGAUGGAAAAGCAGCGCUCAUUGAUGGAUCGAUUGGCACUAAUGGUGUCCAGUCAGAUGCCAGUGGCCACAGUAAUGACUCUUCUGCCUCAGGAAAUGAUCAGACUGAUCAGGCCGAACUGCAAAGUGUUAAACCAGAAAAGCGAGAUAAUGAAGUAAGGGAGGUGGCAUUAAAGCUUCAAACAGAAAUGGAGGAGAAAUGCUUACUGAGGGAACAACUCCAGACACUAGAGAUUUGCAAGCAGGCAGAAAUUACAAAAAUGCAAGAAGAAAUUGCUAAAUUGACUGAUAAGUUAAAGAAAAAACAAGAAAGCUUCCAGCGGCUACAAGUCGAGAAGGAAGUACUUUACAAUGACAGCAGGACUAAAAUUGAUGAGAUCCAACAGAGGAAAGAGGAGGAGCUCAAAUCCAUAAACCUUCGUGUGCAGAAACUGCAGACGGAUUUAAUAGCUGCAAACCAGAAUGUGGGCGAGCUUAAGGAGCAGUUGCAGAGUAAACAGAAAGAGCAUGAGAUGGCCAUCCAUGCACUCAAAGAUCAGGUCGCGUGUCAAAGCGCGGUCAGUCAGGAGCAGGUGGAGGGCAUGCUGAGUGAGAACGAUGCUCUCAGGACAAAUCUAGCAGCUCUAGAACAGAUCCAAACAGUGAAGACUCAGGAACUGAAUUUGCUGAGAGAGCAAAGUCUUGCGCUGAACGCAGAGCUUCAGCAGAGACGUACUGACCAGGAGAGCUUUCUAGCACAGAGAGAUGAUCUCAACUCACAGCUACAGGAGUCAAAUCGAGCAAACAGUCGACUUCUGGAGCAGCUCACUGAACUCGGUCUGGAGAAGGAUAAGCUACAGCAAGAUUUGGAGGAGGCCCGAAAGACUGCAGAUAAACGUAAGGUCAUGCUGGAUGAACUGGCCAUUGAGACGGCGCAGGAAAAGUCUCGGCACAAAGAGGAGCUCGGUAACGUGCGCUUACAGCAUGAGAAGGAGGUGCUGAGUAUCAGAGCUCGAUACGAGAAGGAGCUUCGCGGCCUCCAUGAAGAAAAGAACCGCAUUGAAGAGGAGAUUCGCUCUCAGCUACGAGACGAGAGGGCACGUACCAAAGAGCUAGAAGGUCUUCAGCCAUACGUAGAGGAGCUGAAAGCCCAGGUUCAGUCUAUGGAGGGAACAAAGGGCUGGUUCGAGCGCAGACUCAAGGAAGCAGAGGAGACUAUGGAAAAGAGCAAACUGGACCACGCGGAAGAGAUCCAGCGGCUACAGAAAGAUCACACUAUCCAGCUGGAGGCUAAAGCUGCAGAGGUGGAUGCAGUCAAACAGCAGGUGACCGAGAUGGAGAAAGAGAGAGAAGAUCUCAACAACACAAUCGGCAAACUCAAACAGGAGAUUAAAGACACUGUGGAUGGACAGAGAAUCCUGGAGAAAAAAGGUAGUUCAGCGCUGAAAGACUUGAAGAGGCAGCUCCAUCUAGAGAGAAAGAGAGCCGAUAAACUCCAGGAGCGACUGCAGGAAAUCCUAACAAACACUAAAACCAGGACAGGUCUGGAGGAGCUGGUGUUGUCUGAGAUCAGUUCUCCGAGUCGUACGCAGCAGACGGGCGACAGCAGCAGCAUCUCCUCCUUCAGCUACAGAGAUAUCAUGAAAGACGGGGCUUCGGCUCCCUGCACCAAUAAGUCAAACACCAGCAGCCCUCAGUCUCAACGGCCCGCUGACCUUUCAGACGAUGAGGUCAGUGAGCUCUUCCAGAGGCUUGCCGAGGUCCAGCAGGAGAAGUGGAUGCUGGAGGAGAAGGUGAAACACUUGGAGGUCAGCUGCGCUUCAAUGGCCGAUGACAUCUGUAAAAAGAGUGCCAUUAUUGAGACGUACGUCAUGGACAGCCGGAGAGAUGUGUCAGGAGGUGGUGGAUUGGCUCAUGGUGCUCAGCCUGACCGUGGAGGUCUGAGUUCUGUGCUGAGGGACUUGGUGAAACCCGGAGAUGAGAAUCUGCGCGAGAUGAACAAAAAGCUGCAGAACAUGCUGGAGGAGCAACUGACAAAGAACAUGCACCUACAGAAGGAUCUGGAAGUUUUGUCCCAGGAGAUUGUGCGUUUGAGUAAAGACACCACCCCUGCGUAAAACUCCAAAACCACAGGCUAAAACUGGACUGGAUUUCAGUACACCUCUCUUUCUCUUUCUCUCAUCUCUUCACGGCUACCAGGAGGAAAACUGCACUCAUCUCUUACAAAAGACCUGCAGAGAUCUCUGACAUACGGGGAGCACAGAGGGUCAAAAAACAGUCCAUCUGUGAUUUUUGCAUACUACUGAAUGUAACGUAACACUUUAAAUGUUUUGUUUGUCAGGUAAGAACUGGUAGAAAAAGAAAAAGAGUCUGUCGAGCAAACCCCUGGCUGCUUGACGUCUGUGAACUGUGCAUUUGGGAUGGUGAUCUGGCCUCGGCGGGUCAGGAUCACUUCACCACCACUAAUUCAGGAAAGCGUAUGUGUGAUGUUGGCGUCCUCAAAACUGCUAUCACUGUUGUAUUGCCUGUUUUGUAUAUUCGAUCUGCUAGAGACACUUAUUUUGGGUGUGUGAAUGUGUGGGGGUAAGAGCGGAUCUUGUAUUUAUUUGUGCCAGAAAUCCAAAUAUCAUCAUGUCUGCCGUACAUCUCUACAGUAUGCUGCUUCUAUUUGAAUGAAAACAGAAUCGUUUAUUUAAAAAAAAGAGAUUAGUUUAAGAAAGAAAUGGGGCGUGCAUUUGAUUGCUGCGAUAAUUCUACAUUUUUGGGCGAGGGUCGCAAAAUGUUCAAGUGGCAGUUCCCUUGACUCUUCUUGUUAAGCAGUAAUUUCUCCACAGCUUAACAACUCAAUUCGACACCGCUCUGUCUGUCUCGCUGUUGGGGAACGGACCAAUUUCUCACAGCAGCCCUUGAUUCCUGCUCGACUCCCAUGAGAAGCUAAACGCCUGUUUUAGUGUCUAACAGCAUUUUAGGGCUAUUUUGUGUCAAUGCCCUUGUCGUUUUUUUGUGAAUGUUAUGACAUGAUUCUGCUUUUAUUCAGUGCUUUCUGGACAUUUUAAAAAAUUCUGGUACAUAGAAUUGUUUUAUUUGAUUAAUCGUGGCAUCUUGUGACUGAUAUUUUGCUAUCAGUCUUCAGGCUCACUUUCUCUUCUUUUCCUGUGUAACUGCUUGCACUGAUGAUGAUAAGAGCUAUCAAGUCUUGAUUUAUCCAACCGUUUACCAAUAUAAAUGUUCAUGUUUUGGUGUGAACUUUCCCUUUAAUAUGAUGGGAAUGAAAACCCGUUUUUAGUUGAAUCAAGUAAACGUUUCUAGUCGUCUCUACUUGCAUCAAUCAAAUGAACUUAAUGUUUUAAGUUAAACUUAAAAAAAAUUGUUGAUUCAACAAAAAAAUUGAAGGCAACAAGCCAAAUAAAACUAAAAAUGUAAAGGUGUCUAAUAGACAUGCAAACAUAGGCUAAAUUUGAGCUGUCAAUGAACAUCUAUUAGACAUCUAAGAAAAGCCUAAAGCUAGACUAGACAUCAAAUACAAAAACAAUGUAAUAAAAAAAUUAACGACUACAUAUGUGAUGUCUGUCUAACCUGUAUUUGAUGACUAGUCUAGUUUUGGUCAAUUCUUAGAUGUCUUAUUAGAUUUUCACUGACAGCGCAAAUUUAGUCUUGCUUUAGCCAAGCCAUCUCUGUUUAGAUGUCUAUUAGACGUCUAAACACAGUUAAACCUUGUGUAACUUAAAAAAAAAAUUAAGGCAACUCAACCCUGCAACCAUUUUUUUAAAAAGAAGUUUAAAAGACGUCUAAACAUAGACGGCUAUGUUAAAACAAGGCUAAAUUUGAGCUGUCUGUGAACAUUUAAUAGACAUCUAAGAAAAGCCCAAAACUAGACUAGUCAUCAAAUACAAAAAAAUAAAAUAAAAUAAAAAAUUAACGACUACUAACUGUCUAAUCUGUAUUAGAUGACUACUUUAGUUUUGGUCUAUUCUUAGAUGUCUAUUAGUUUUUCACUGACAGCCCAAAUUUAGCCUUGCUUUAGCCAAGCCAUCUAAGUUUAGACGUCUGUUAGACAUCUAAACACAAAAUUGAUUAGUGGUAAAUUUUGCAGAUUACCAAUAUACUACAGAUCUUAGUCAAAGGAGAUGCAAAUGAACUGAUGAAAUGUCAAAUUAAAGGAAUAGUUCACUCAAAACAUGAAAAUGUACUCACUAUUUACUCAAGUGGUUCUAAUCCUUUUUGAGUUUCUUUAUUCUGGUGAACACUUUAUAAGAUAAUUUAUGAACAGCUGAAAGGCUGUAACCAUUGACAUCCAUAGUACGGUAGGAAAAACAUACAAAAAAACAAACAAUACAAUGAAAGUUAGUGGUUACAGGUUUCCAACAUUUUUCAAAAUAUCUUUUUUUGUUUGACAAAAAAGAAUCUCGUAAACUUUUAAUUAAUAAAUGAUGACAGAAUUUCCAUUUUAGGGUGAACUAUCCCUUUAAAUGUGGCUUUUUUUGCUACUUAAGGACCAUAUUAGAUGCAAUGAAUCUUGACCAAACCAAUAUAAGAUGAUUAUUUGUUUAGUACAGGUAUUGAAAGUUUUAGUGACAUAAGAUUAUAUGUUUAGCAUCCACCUUAUCCAUCAACGGUUCUGUAUUGAUUUAGAUGUAAAUCUGUAUAUUUACUUACUGUAUAUUUUUUGAUUUGUGGUAUGUGGACGAUUACCUUUGCUUUAAGCUUUAUUACGAGAACGGUUCUUGGGUGUUGCGUUUGUGCAUGGUGCGUUAAAUGCCUGUCCAAUCCCUUCCUCUGGCUUCUGAAGGUAAUCCUGACGAAAUUCAUUUUUUAAUCAUCCACAAGUGGGAAAAUGCUAAUCUUUAAUUUUCAUUUUUGAGGAAACUGACAUAUCAGCAUUCACUUGGACCAUUCUGCACAAAAGGAUGAUGGAUGUUUGCCUUUGAAGCUCCAGAGUUCUUAUUAUUUUUGCCUUUGUACUCGUCUAAUCUAAUCUGCCAAACGAGCUCUUCUUUAAUUAGGAAUCAUCAGCUAAUCAUCACUAAUUACAUGUAAGCAGAUUCUAUUAAUAAUGUCCGGUCUCCCACUACGUCUGUACGGCUAAUAUUUAUUCAUGUGCAUUUCAUGGUCAAGUUGGGACUUUCAUAACUUGCAGUGAUAAUAAAGAAUGGCUGGAAACA